AUUAUGACAUGGCGGUUAAAGGGUUAAUGUUAAAUUGACAGUUCGUUUAGUUCGUUAUAUCUUUGCCAACAUAACUGGUAAUACUGUUUUAUGUAGUGAAAAUGGCGACUUUGCUACCUCGUUCUUUUAGCCUUGCUGAAAUUAUCUUUUUGAAAAAUGGAACGAAGCUUUUGGGAGCAUCUGCAUCAAAUAACCUGCCAACUAAACAGCAGGUCAGGCACCUAAAUGUUCACGAAUAUGUGAGCUACACAUUACUGAGGGACCACGGCAUUCCUGUUCCGAGGUUUAACAUCGCCAAGACUCAGGACGAGGCAGUUAAGUUCGCUAAAGAACUUAAUACCAAAGACAUUGUAUUAAAAGCACAGGUACUAGCUGGGGGUAGAGGAAAGGGUGCAUUUAAAAAUGGCUUGAAAGGUGGUGUUCGAAUGGUUGACAAACCCGAGGUUGCUGGAGAGUUAGUGGGGAAAAUGCUUAAACAGUAUUUGGUAACAAAACAGACAGGCGCUGCUGGAAGAAUCUGUAACAUGGUGAUGGUGACUGAGAGAAAGUUCCCUCGACGAGAAUUCUAUGUUGCAAUUAUGAUGGAGCGCAGUUUUAACGGCCCCGUCAUCAUAGCAUCGUCACAAGGUGGUGUAAACAUUGAAGAUGUUGCAGCGGAGAACCCGGACGCCAUCACGUAUGAACCGAUCGACAUCGUCAGCGGCAUCACCGAGGAUCAAAUAGCGCGUGUUAUUGAAAAGAUUGGUCUGCAAGAUCACGCCAGUGAAGCCACCGAUAUGAUUAAGAAAAUGUAUGAUUUAUUCUUAAAGAAAGACGCUUUGCUUAUCGAAAUUAAUCCUUACGCAGAAGACGCAGUUACCGGGCAAUUCUAUUGCUUAGACGCAAAAUUCCGUUUCGACGACAAUGCACAGUUUAGACAAAAGGAGCUGUUUCAACUGAGAGAUACUACACAAGAAGACCCAAAGGAAAUAGAAGCUGCCAAGUUUGAACUCAACUACAUUGCUCUCGAUGGUAACAUCGGGUGCAUGGUGAACGGCGCGGGACUGGCCAUGGCCACCAUGGACAUCAUCAAGCUGUACGGCGGCGACCCCGCCAACUUCCUAGACGUGGGCGGCGGCGCCACCGCGCAGGCUGUCGCGGAAGCCUUCAAGAUUAUUCUAUCGGAUCCGAAGGUGACGGCUAUCUUGGUGAACAUAUUCGGAGGCAUCAUGCGCUGUGAUGUCAUCGCGGAGGGAAUCAUUAACGCAGCGAAAAACCUAAAUAUCCAAAUUCCCGUUAUUGUUCGUCUUCAGGGUACGAAAGUGAACGAAGCCCGCAAGCUGAUCGCGGACUCCGGGCUCCGCAUCGUGCCCCGCGACGACCUCGAUGAGGCCGCCAAACUCGUCGUACAGCUAUCCGAGAUCGUGGCUCUGGCCAAGAACGCAGGAGUCGAGGUCAAGUUCGACAUCCCCAAGUACAUGCUUGAGAAGUAAAGCUCUUCUAGGGAGCCGGAUAUUGGUGCACAGAUUAUAUAUAGCUUAUUUAUCUCAUGUUAAGAAAAAUAAAACGAUUCCUCGAUUAUUACAUUUUUUUGUUACUUGAAUCGGUAAUAUUGUUUUAACAAUUAUUCUCCAACUGUUUGAAUGUCAAUUCCCGAGGGUCUAAAUAAAAAUAAAAUCCCAUGUUGUAAAUAAGAUCACCAAUAACAUAAAUAUGAAAAUCGCAUCAAUUGCGUGUGUGUUUUUGUGACAUCAUACAAAAAGACAGAAGUUAAAAAGGAAACGAUUCCUAGGAUAGAAAGAAACAUUAAUUGAAGAUAAUUUGAUAUGAGUUUCAGUAUUGUUUUAUAUGAAUUAGUUAAAUCAGUUAUAAAUAAAUUAAGUAUAAUAAUAAUAUAGGCUGUAUUAGUGUUGCUUUAUUAAAGUAGUUAAAAACUACUAAUAAACAACAUUUGGCUUAUUAAAAACAAAAAGAGAAUCUGUGCACCAAUUUCAGUUUUCUGAAGUAGAAUAUUUAAAUAGCUAACCUAUCUAUAUAAUAUAGCCUAUUAAUCUCAUUCUUUCAAUUAUUAUCUGCGAAUAAAACUUCUGUUUAUUCUUAAUUAGUCACGUGUUGUUAGUCUUGUAUUAAUUUUGAAUUACGUGAUCUGUGUUAUUUAUUCAUGUUAGAACAUGUAGAUAGUAGAAACAAAAUGUUUCAUUUAUUUUUUUUAAUUGAUAUAUUUAUUAUUAUUUAAUUAAUGGUAGUUUGAUCUUGAUCAUAUUAAGUUCCAUAAACAUGGUUAUGAAAAUAUUUACAUAUGAAAUUAAAUGCAUCAUGUUUGUUUCAAAUGUAAUUAAUUUUCUAAAAUGCCAAACAAUAUUAAUACCAUAAAAUAAUUAUUUUUGUAUAAAGCUUGCUCUUUUUACAAUUUAUUUAUUGAGUUUAUUAGACUAAGUAAAUCAAACAUUCAUUGUUGAGCUUAUUUUAAAAAAAUUAUAUUUGAUUCAAUUCAACCUCAUUUAUAUUUUUAAAAUUUAUUUAGCCUUCACGAAUAUAUAUAGUAUUGAUGUUACCUCCUAUUAUAAGCUAUAUUAAGCAUCGAUAAAAUUGACAUUUAAUUUACGAAUGUAGCUUUGCAUGUAAAAUACAUACUUAAAAGUGUAUCAGCGCAAUAAUUGUGUAUUAGUACAAUACGUACUACAUAAUAUGUUCCUUUGUAUAUAGUGAACUGCCAUCUUAGUUCAUGUGUGUAUUUGUCAAUGGGUAUUAAAAGUACAAUAAGUUGUUUUGAUUUAUCCAAGUGAUAUUAUUACAUGUUAACAGUGGUUAAACAGUAAAUAAAACUUUAAUUCAACUAUC